UUUGAAAAAGAUUUAUAAACUUAAUCCAUUUAUUAGAGUAUGUCCAGGAGUAGUAAAUUCUUACAAUGGAUCAACUUUAGGGUGAGGGUUACCGUCCAAGAUAACCGCAUGAUCGUUGGUACAUUCCUAGCCUUUGAUAAGCACAUGAACUUGGUCCUUUCUGACUCUGAAGAAUAUCGAACUAUUAAGGCAAAGAAAGCCGGACACCCUCCCAAAGAGAUAAGAAGAGUCCUGGGUCUCGUGUUACUUAGAGGAGACAGUAUCAUACAUAUGUCUGCAGAAGCCCAACCCUCACAGACUUCAAAGAGAAUCGGAGAUGGUGAAGGAAAAGGAAAAGCAGCACCUGCAAGCAGAGGUGUGUCUAUAGCUCCUGUGGGACAAGCUCCAGCUGGAUUGGCAGGCCCAGGAAGAGGAGUAGGAGCUCCAGGAAUGUCUCAUAUGUUGCCAACAGGGAAGGCAGUGACAUCUGCUCCUACUCAUGCACCUCCCCCAGGAAUGGGAGGUCCACCAAUGGGUCCUCCUCCAGGUAUGGGAGGACCUCCAAUGGGUGCGCCACCUGGUAUGGGCGGGCCUCCAAUGGCUCCACCUCCAGGUAUCAGACCUUCAAUGCCUCCAGGCCAAGGUCCAUCAGGGAUGUCUAGACCAGGAAAUGAUCAGAGACCUCCUCCUCCUUCAGGAGUGCCUCCAGGUAUUAGACCUCCCAACAGCAACUAAAGAGACGACUAAAUCUUAAGUAAAGCUCAACAUGUAGGUAAUUUU